AUGGCCCUUUCCUCCUCCGCCGCCCUGUCCAGGCUGAGGCUCGGCCAGCUGAGCGGGCUGCGUGGAAAGGUGCUGCAGCGCUACGAGCACCGGCCGCUGGUGUCCUGCCUGGCUGGUCUCUACGGCUGCCAGUGGAAGAGAUACCAGAGGAGACGCACUGAGCCCGGGGACUGCUGCUGCAACAAGCUGGAAGGCGCCACUUUUGCUCUUCUUGUUGUAGCUUUCUGCCUGACACUGAUCUUCCUCUUCUUCUGGGGUGAAGCUCAGAAUGACUAUAAUGAUUUUGACUGGUUUAGUUUCGGGAACCUGGGCUUCUGGUUUCCCUGGUCUGUGGUGUUGCUGGUCAUUGCUGCAGCCCUCUUCACUUACAUCGCUGUGCUCAUGCUGCUGGCAGUGUGUUUGCUGUCCGAAGGCCAGAAACUGUAUUUACACUGGACCCACAAGAUUGGUAUCCUGCUGACCCUUAUCCUCUCCAUCACAGCCACAGCCGUGCUCUCCGACCUGUGGAGUAAGGAAUGGACCACUCUGCUACUCUCCUUCCAGGUAACAGCACCGUAUUUACAUUUGGGCGGCAUGUUGUUGACAACAGCCCUGGCGUGGCCCAUCGCUUUGCAUUUCUUUCGAAUGACCAGCAGAGGAGAGGCACACAGUUUUUAUGUGAGGCAAAAACUAAUAAUAGGAGUUUACCUGGCAGUCCUGUUUGCCCUCUUCCUGGUACCCCUGGGUAUGUACUCCCCCUGCAUCAAAGAAGAAGGCAAGCUGGGCCCUGCACCCACCCUCAUUGGGCACAGAGGAGCGCCUAUGCUGGCUCCAGAGAACACCCUCAUGUCAUUUGAGAAGGCCGUGGAAGCUGGCAGUGAUGGUCUGGAGACGGACGUCACUAUUAGCUACGAUGGUGUACCUUUCCUGAUGCAUGAUCGCACCCUCCGGCGGACCACCAACAUCCGGGAGGUGUUCCCCAACCGAACAGACAGCCUGGCAGCAAUGUUCACCUGGGGUGAACUGGAGAGCCUAAACGCCGGGAGCUGGUUCCUCUUUCAUGAUCCAUUUGGCACAGCUGGCUCACUGGGUGUAGAGGAGCAAGCGCAAGCGUGGAACCAGUCCAUUUGCAGCUUGCAGGUUUUUCUGGAGUUGGCGGCCAAAGGGGGCAAGCAAGUGAUCUUUGACCUCUACCGUCCACCCAGAGGCCAUCCCUACAGGGACACUUGGAUUCAGCGCACACUGGAGGUCAUCCAGAAUGAAGCCUCCAUUCACUCUGAUCAGGUGCUGUGGCUGCCCUCAUAUUUAAGGGCCCUGGUCCAGGAGAUGGACCCUCUGCUUCAGCAGACAUCUGGCAGCCAGCUCCCCCUAGAGGAGUUGCAGCGCAACCACAUCGUCAAACUGAAUUUGCACUACAGCGCCAUGUCCACUGAGCUCACCAGGGCGUAUGCAGCAGUGAACAUCACCACAAACCUGUAUGUCAUCAGCCAGCCAUGGCUCUACUCACUUGCUUGGUGUACUGGAGUCCAUUCAGUUACCACCAAUGCCCCUCAGCUCCUUCGUGCAAUGCAGACACCCCUCUUCCUCAUGACUCCAGAUGAGUACAAUCUGAUGUGGAUCCUCACAGAUCUGUUGUCCCUCAUAUUGAUUCUCAUUAUCUUCAUGUUCCACUGGUGGCGAGAGCGAGGACUGUCUUUCUGCUCAGCCAGCAAAGUCAUGCUGGACAACGGCACUUACAGCAAGUUCAGAACAGAAAUGAGUGAUGUAUGGUCAGUCUCCAGUGGAGAGAAACUUAGCUUGCGGACAACCACACCCAAUCUGGCAACCAUUGCUGAACAUUGACUACUGCCUCUGUGAGGAAUCCGGUCUUCCCAACUGCUUUGAGCCCCACACUGCC